GGUAGACUUCACAUCCACCGUUGGCUCAAUUCCAUUCCCACUCCUUCCUUUGUCUUUUUCCGAUUCUUCUCACAUCGCUCUCUUUUGCUCAGAGGGUGUGUAAAAAUCCUAUCAUCCCUCUGUCGAGAGCUGUUAUUUGUGUACCAUUCGUCAUCAUCAAUUCCCCUGUCCCCAAAUAAUAUGUCGACCAUCAGGUUUUCGCGACCGGCCUCUAGGCUACUGUCACAGCGGACAGCCAUCUCCUCCUCCUUACGCCCUUCCUUCCAUAAAGUCGCCCCCGCCACCCUCCCCUCGAUAAGAGGAUAUGCUUCCGAGUCAUCAAGCCAGACUUUCACAGUCCGAGAUGCUCUCAACGAAGCCUUGGCAGAGGAGUUGGAACAAGAUGACAAGGUCUUCAUCCUGGGAGAAGAGGUUGCACAGUACAAUGGAGCAUACAAAGUGACAAAGGGUCUGCUUGAUCGUUUUGGCCCCAAACGUGUCAUUGAUACACCCAUUACAGAGUCUGGAUUUUGUGGUCUGGCUGUAGGCGCGGCUUUGGCAGGCCUUCAUCCUGUUUGCGAGUUCAUGACCUUCAACUUCGCCAUGCAGGCCAUUGAUCAAGUCAUCAACUCGGCCGCUAAAACGCACUACAUGUCUGGCGGCAUUCAACCAUGCCCAAUUGUCUUCCGGGGACCCAACGGUUUCGCCGCUGGUGUUGCCGCUCAGCACUCGCAGGAUUAUUCAGCAUGGUAUGGAAGCAUCCCUGGUCUGAAGGUGGUUGCUCCUUGGAGCGCCGAGGACGCAAAAGGACUUCUGAAGGCUGCCAUUCGUGACCCCAACCCAGUGGUGGUCUUGGAGAACGAACUUUUGUACGGCCAAGCCUUCCCAAUGAGCGCAGAGGCGCAGAAGAGCGACUUUGUCCUGCCCUUUGGCAAAGCCAAGAUCGAGCGACCGGGUAAAGAUCUCACCAUUGUCACACUGUCACGCUGCGUUGGCCAAUCUCUCGAGGCCGCCGAGCAAUUGAAGAAGCAAUACGGGGUUGAGGCUGAGGUCAUCAACUUGAGAUCAAUCAAGCCCAUGGAUGUCGAGGCCAUUAUUAAAUCAGUCAAGAAGACGGGACAUCUACUGGCGGUCGAGUCUGGAUUCCCAGCCUUUGGUGUGGCAUCCGAGAUUCUGGCUCUCGCCGUGGAAUAUGGAUUUGACUAUCUACAAGCGCCUCCUGGUCGCGUCACGGGCGCUGAAGUGCCGACGCCGUAUGCCCAGAAGCUGGAAGAGCUGAGCUUCCCUCAGAUUGACACCAUCACCAACUAUGCCGCCAAACUUCUCAAGGUCUAGAGUAAUGGAGUGUUUCUGAGGAAAGGGUGAUGCCGGGGCUCUCAAAAGCUAUUCUGGAUGUAUGUAUUAGCGCAGCGUUUCUUCAGCUGGGAUGCUGGGGUUCAGUUGGUUCGGGUUUAUGGCACGUGGUGGCUUCCACGUGGGUGAGGAUCUAGCUUCAGCUUCAAUACUACACAAGUCCGACCAUUGGGUUCUGUGGUUUUUCUGUGUUUUUCUUUCAUACGGGUAUUUGGACAGGUGGUCGUGGUGGUACAGACUUCAGCCAUGCUGGGUUGAACAGCUGCGUUACGGCCAGAUCUGGAUGUUGCGAUCUCGUCGAUCCGGCUUCGCUCAUGGUCCGCAUGCGGGCAGGCACAUAGGUUGGCUGCCACGUGCAUGAUCCCCGUUGACACAGGUGUUUGGCUAACUGUGCAUUUCAUUGAUGAAUGCGAUUCAUGACAGUCGUGGAGGAGAAUGCUGUCGUUCGAGCGGCCAAUCGCAUGGUGCAGGGUUCAAUCAUGCGGAUGAGAAAUCGAGACCCUGCUGUGUGACCGGAUCCCUCCUGGCCAGGCUUAGAGAUUAUGGCUUGAAAAUCCGAAAUCAAAGCGGUGUGACAAGCACAUGGGAACUCGCCUGGAGUCGAGGUUGGUGACACAGCAUCAUCUCCGUACUUGAUUAUUUGCUCAAGGUGCUCCCUACUUUAGGUACACGUGAUGGUGUGUUGCGGUAACUUGAGGUCGAGACAGUUCCAUCCAGGGAAGGAGCCACCCUGGUACCCUGGUACAACACCGGAGCAAGAUGCACUAAACACAGCAGGCACAUGGCGUGGCUGGCGGCAGGGGCGAUCCGACCCAGAGGAUCGUCUCAGCCUGGAUCAUACACGUACAGUUGUUCUUUCCACACAAUUCAUUCGGAGCUUUCAUAAAAGGCAGGAGUCGAUGGUCUGGGCCCUGCGGCGCUCUCCUCCUCAUCAUUAUUGAGCUACCCUACCACCCUCAUCCUCUCUCCAGCCUGUUGCUUCUCUGUGAGGUCUUUUGGCCGUCACUUUCCCUCAAUGUUCUGAUACCAAGCCUUGUUAACACUUCAUUAGCUCCGCUGACGAUAUCUCCAUAGCGUCAGCCCCUGUUCAUCAUCCCCUGGAUUCAGCGCGCUUUGUUUCCUGGUGGCUUGUUGGCGCACCCGGUAAUCGCUUUAAAUUCCACCUCUCACGUCACCCUAGCUGAUAUGCUCGGUCUACCACCAUAUUCGGCUGGAACCACGCUGCCGUUUGACCCAUUCCGAUCCAGCUCGCAAGUCAUGAUGGAGAACCGGCAUGUCAAUGCAGUCAUAUUCGACUGGUCCUUUUAUCACAUACUCGUAUUCCCCCACUAUCACCACCAAUUCUUUGACCCUCUUCAAAAGGCUAGAGCACCAGAUCGGGCUGGUGUUUCUCACAAAAUCGCUCUUCCUAGACCCUCCAAAGGCUUUCCAGCCCUUCCAGCAUUCAACUCAGCUUCCCCACUCGCAUCUCGUCUCAUGCUACCAUCUGAGUAUCUUCGAAAUUUAUAGGAAAAUGGGCUGGCCGGCCACAAUGCUACGGAC